UAUCAAAGGCGCCGCCGUGCACGUCGUAACGUGACAUAAACGCCCCGGAAGCGUGUGUGGGGUUUUUUUUUUAUUUGAUUCAGCCCUAGCCCUGCUCGUGAUACCGGAAAAAGACAGACAGACAGACAAACAGACCGACAGAAGGCCGGUCUCCUCGCUGCUGCGGGCUCGCGCCGGAUCGCCACGGCACUUCCGCUCGGCGCGAGGGCGACUACAAGCACGCGCGUCCAGGCGGCGGAAGAGGCUCGCGCAGACACAAAGAAAGAAAGGUUGUGAGGAUGUCGGACGAGGACUCGCGAGCCGGCUCUAGUUCCUCCUCUUCCUCCUCCUCCUCCUCUUCUUCACUGUCGCUGUCGUCUUCUUCCUCUGUCCAUCAGCAGUCAGAGAAGGACACACCCAGCAAGAAACGAGAGAGCAAAGCCAGCAUGAACAAGAACUCCAAACUCCUGUCAACCAGCGCCAAACGGAUUCAGAAAGAACUCGCUGAUAUCAUGUUGGAUCCUCCACCAAACUGCAGUGCCGGUCCAAAAGGAGACAACAUCUACGAGUGGAGGUCCACCAUCCUGGGUCCUCCAGGCUCCGUGUAUGAGGGAGGGGUCUUCUUCCUCGAUAUCUCCUUUACUCCAGACUACCCCUUCAAACCGCCCAAGGUGACAUUUCGUACCAGAAUCUACCACUGCAACAUCAACAGUCAGGGCGUGAUCUGCUUGGACAUUCUGAAGGACAACUGGAGUCCAGCGCUCACCAUCUCCAAGGUGCUGCUGUCCAUCUGCUCUCUCCUUACAGACUGCAACCCUGCCGACCCUCUGGUAGGAAGCAUCGCCACUCAGUACACCAACAACAGACCGGAGCAUGACAGGAUAGCGAAACAGUGGACGAAGCGCUACGCCACAUAAUCGCCCCAGCGAGGAACCAGUGCCUCGGGCUCUUGGGGUGGGGGUUCAGAGGAUGGGUGGGAUGGGGUUGAUGGGAACGGGUUCGGCUGUAGGAUGGAGUAUCCAUGGAGUGUUUUACGAUGGAAUUCACGUCUUUAUGUCCAUAAUAUCAUUUGGCUCAUGUAGACUUCUACUCUGGCAAUAACUGAUCUUAACACGUCUUCCUUUUAUUGAUUUAUUUUUUUUAAGUUUAUUUUUAUUUCACACUCUUGUAAAUUGAUUUGAUUUUAGCAAAGGCUUCAGAAGGGCCUGGUCCUGAGUGCGUGUAAAAAUCCGACGUCUGGGUACAACACUUGACUGUACAAACGUAUUUCUUUUCCCUCUGCUUAUUAAAGUUCCUUUCGAUGUUC